GACCCGCUCCUCCCACCCUCUUCCUCUCGACUCCAUAUUGAGGCUGAAGGAGGCAAAAUCCAGUCACAAAAUGGAGGUUAAAAGGAGCAACUGAGUCAGAACAUACUCCCAAAAUGGCGUGUAAAGAGGAGAGAGAGGCUGAAGAUUGCAAGAGAAGGGGAAGAAGAUCCUCACAGGGUCAUGAUCCUAAAGAGCCAGAACAAUUGAGAAAGCUGUUUAUUGGUGGCUUGAGCUUUGAAACAACAGACGAUAGCCUAAGAGACCACUUCGAAAAAUGGGGCGCGCUCACAGAUUGUGUGGUGAUGAGAGACCCACAGACAAAACGCUCUCGAGGCUUUGGUUUUGUGACCUAUUCUUGUGUGGAAGAAGUAGAUGCUGCAAUGGCAGCUCGACCACAUAAAGUUGACGGCCGUGUGGUAGAGCCAAAGAGAGCGGUUUCUAGAGAAGAUUCUGUGAAACCUGGUGCUCAUUUAACAGUAAAGAAAAUAUUUGUUGGUGGAAUUAAAGAAGAUACAGAAGAAUAUAAUUUAAGAGAUUAUUUUGAAAAAUAUGGCAAAAUUGAAACCAUUGAAGUAAUGGAAGACAGGCAGAGUGGAAAGAAAAGAGGUUUUGCCUUUGUGACAUUUGAUGAUCAUGAUACAGUAGACAAAAUUGUUGUUCAGAAAUAUCACACUAUAAAUGGACAUAACUGCGAAGUGAAGAAAGCUCUCUCCAAGCAAGAAAUGCAGACUGCAACUGCACAAAGAAGUCGUGGGAGUAGUUCAAGCAACUUCAUGGGUCGUGGAAACUUUGGAGGCAGUGGUGGAAGUUACAACAGAGGUGGAAGUUUUGGUAGUAGAGGAAGCUACGGUAGUGGAGGUGGUGGCAGCAGUAGAGGAAGCUUUGGCAGUGGCGAUGGAUAUAAUGGCUUUGGUGAUGGUGGAAACUACGGUGGUAGCCCUGGAUAUGGUAGUCGAGGUGGUUAUGGUGGUAGCCCAAGCUAUGGAAAUCCAGGUGGUGGAUAUGGCGGAGGAGGUGGAGGCUAUGAUGGUUAUAAUGAAGGAGGAAGCUUUGGAGGCAACUAUGGUGGCAGUGGAAGCUACAAUGAUUUUGGCAACUACAGUGGACAGCAGGCCUCAAGUUAUGGACCCAUGAAAGGAAGUGGCAGUUUCAGUGGCAGAAGUUCAGGCAGUCCCUACGGUGGUAACUAUGGAUCAGGUGGAGGAAGUGGUGGCUAUGGUGGAAGAAGAUUCUAAAAACUAGUGGGAUAAUGGCUACAGUUCUUAGCAGGAGAAAGCGAGGAGUUGUCAGGAAAGCUGCAGGUUACUUUGAGACAGUCGUCCCAAAUGAAUUAGAGGAACUGUAAAAUCUGCCACAGAAGGAGCGAUGAACCAUAGUCAGAAAAGUUACUGCAGCUUAAACAGGAAACCCUUCUUAAGGACUGUUAAUAGCCACAGUUUGCAAAGAGUGCAGCUAUUGAUUUAAUGCAAUGUAGUGUUUAGAUGUACAUUCCUGACUUUUUUUAAUUUGUUGUUGUAGCUUUGUCUUUUCUUCAUAAAAUCAGGUAUAUUGCCCUGUAAAUUUGUGGUAGUGGUACCAGGCAUUAAAAAUAAUUAAGGAACAUUUAAUUUUUUUUCAAUACUUGUGUAGUUCAGUUUUUUCUUACCGAAACUUCUUUAAACAAAGAAAUGUAGUUUUAGGGUAUAUUCUUGCUAGGAAAAAAAAAUCAGUGCAUUAUAAUCUGUAUUAAUUUAAAACAACAAUGCUGAACGUUUUAAGUACUCUUAAUUUUUUUUCUGCAUAUGUAACCAAAUGACAUGAGUUGCACAUGCAUAGGGAGAGGAAAGAUGUUUGCAUUAAAGCUUGUUUAGCUGUAUAAUUAGGACUGAGUCAUUUAAACCAAUGCUUGUGAAUGAUAAAAGCUUUACUUUCAAAUGAGAAUUCCAGAUAUUUCUGGGUUGUGCAUAUCAUAAUUUGUAGCAUUUGUUUUUAGUUUAAACCUUCUAAGUAAAUAAGCAUUGACAAGAUCUUUUAAAGUUUAUUCAGUUUGCCUCCCACUUCGCUGAUAUAUAAAGGAGCUACAAGAAACAUUGGCAGGACAGGUUUCUGCCUUUUAUAAUUGUUGAGACUCAAUUUCCCUCAAAUUGCAAACAGAUUAAAUGCACACAUAUAAUUAAAUUAAAACUUUGAAUCUAAUAGCGUGGGUCUGUUACUUAGCUUACAGUUCUACAGUUUCAUAUGUAUAUAUAUAUAUAUCUGCCCUAAAAAUAUAGGUUCAUCUGUUAAGGUGCCUAAGUUCUACUGUGUAUAAUUCUGUAUGCCCCUUUCUAUCUGAUGCUAAUUUGCAGCAUAGAAACAAUCCCUCUGAGUUUGUUGGAAUAAGUAUAAUUCUUCUGAGCAUGAAUGCAUCAAGAUGUUUCAUACACUUUCUAAUGCCCUGAUAAUAGGUCUUGAAGGUAAAGUGAAAGAAAUAGGAGCUAAUUUGGUAGAACCUAUUGUUGCUAAUGAGGGUCCUAUGGCUACAGUUAAAUACAGACUGUUCGUUGGAAUGAUUUGAUAAAAAUUAUUAAAGUCACACUCUUGACUAAGUUGUUUACUCCUUCACUUACCUAGGUUUAUUUACAGCCAUGUUCCCUAAUAAUUUGCUAUCCUUCUUAAUCUGAUCAGACUUCUUUUUGAACUAUUGCCAGAGCAGUGCUUUCUGUCAGUACACAUCCAGAAGAGUAGGGCACAGUGAGUAGAAGAAAUUCAGACAUUUUUCACCUCUUAUUUCUGUAGGUCAAUAAGUUUAAGAUAAACUUAAUUCCAGUGUAGGAAUUGAUUGCUGAACAAAUUGCUCAAGAAUCAGACAUGAACUCGUCAUUGGGUAUAGAAUGCUAUGGUUAAUAUUUA